AUGACUCUGUAUCAAAAUCUGAUGAUGCUGAAGUCUAAGCUCCAACCUCUCAAUGUUAGCUUUGAUGGUGAUAAUACCUCAGUGGCUUCUAUGAAGCAGGGUUCUGAAUCACCUUUAUCAUCAUGGGAUUCUGAACCUGAAAAUGAUACACCAUCUGUAAUCAAGUCUGACGGAUCCUUUGAAGAUAUCAACCUAGAAGAGAACUAUGUUAAUAUGGAAGAACAAAAUCAGUUUGUUGGGGUGGAAAACACAGAUGAUUUAUCGUGGGAGAUAGACAAUAGAAGUUAUGAUAAUUUGCUCAAAAAGUUCAUGGAAAAGGAGGAAGAGCUAAGGGUUACCAAUUUAAAGCUUCAGCUUUCGGAAGAAGAGAAUAUAAAGUUGAAGGUUCAAGUUGAGAGUAGUGAGGGUCUGUUUGAUGAUUUAUGUGAGGAAUUGAAGCUGAAAGAGAAGGAGUUGCAUAAACAAAAAGUGCUUUCGGAAGAGGAGAUUUUCAAGUUGAAGAUUCAAAUUGAGAAGAGUGAGAAUCAGCAUGAUAAUGUGAGCAAAGAAUUGAACCUGAAAGAGAAGGAGUUGAAUAAACAAAAGGAGCUUUUAAAAGAAGAGAUUUUCAAUUUGAAGAUUCAAUUUAAGAGAAGUGAGUGUCAGCUUGUUAAUGUGCAGGAAGCAUUGAAUUUGAAAGAGAAGGAGUUGCAAAAACAAACUGUUAAUGUCUGCAAAAUUACUGAUUUGGUGAAACAGUGUGAGGUAGCUAAUGAAAAGCUCAAGAUAUCAGAAGAUGAAAUUGAAUUUUUAACGAAGGAACUUAAGAGUAAGUCACAUGAUACUCGUCAAUUGCAAAGUCAGCUUGAAGCAGCACAAAACAAUAUUGCUAAAUUAGAAUUGGAGUUAGAUUCAAGGAAAAAAGGGAUGCACUCAUUAGGAGAGUUGGUUAGAAUGCAUAAGAAAGAGGUGCAAAAAUUGAUGUCUAAAAUGCAUAAUUGGCAGACUAAGUUCUCUUCUGAGAAAGGUAAGCUGAAUUCUAAUAUUACAAGUUUGUCAAACAUGAAAAUACAAUUGACCUCUAAAUUGGAGGAUUGUGAGUCUAGAAACAAGGAAUUGGAAAACAAAUUAAGACAGUAUGAAGCUGAAAAAUUGAAACAAGAAGAAUUGCAUGCUACUCAGCAAAUGACUUUGCAAGAUGAAGUUAAUUCUUUGAGGGAAGAAGUUGAUCAAAAAAUGCAUACUAUAGAAGCUGUGAAUAGGAAAUUGGGAACGGUAACGAUUGAAAGAGAUGAUUUGGAUGCCAAGAUUGAUAACCUUAAGGCAAAGAUAUGCUCCCGCGAUGCUAAAAUAUUAAAGAAGAGGGAAUAUAUUCACGAGACAAAUGCAUCAUUGAGGACGCUGGUGGUCGAAUAUGAAUCUGCACUGAAUGAAGUUGAUAAAUUGAAACUGAGAGUGGAAGAACUUGAAAAAGAGGUGACUAGACAGAAUGGUGUGAUUUCAGAUGUGGCCGAGGAGAAGAAGGAGGCAAUUAGACAACUAAGUUAUUCACUUGAGCACUAUAAGAGUCGAUAUUAUGAACUUCUUCAAGCAUUUAAUGAUUUACAGGCGUUAGCGGCGGUCUUCUAA